CACAGGGAGGGGACAGGGAUGGGUUGUUUUCUCUCCCCCGCCCGCCCCGAGACCUGAGGAGAUGCAGCCCAAGUUCGCCGCGAUGACUCUGCUGCUGGCACCGGGGUUUCUCCGCGGCAUCGCAGCCUCCGGACCGCCUGAAUCCUGCUCCUUCUGAAUCGUCGGCGCCGGGUUAAAGCUCAGUUCUCAUGUUGUGGUUGCUGGGCUGCCGCGCUCCCGUUUUGCGAUGGGAGGUGGAGGAAAAGGGAUUGUCCGUGAGUCAACACCGAAAACGUGAUUAGGAGGAACUGCUUUAACUAAUCUGUUUCUAACCUUUCAGUCAAUGUUGGCCUGUGACCCCUCUCAGCUUUCACAUCCAGCCUGAUCAGACCACAACACUGGUCUCCCUAUGGAAGCAACUGUUUGUAUUUGGCUUUGAGGUCCCAUGGAGAAGCCGAGGAGGGGGAUGGCUCUUCAUAUCCAUGAAGCCUGGAUACUUCUGUUUGUGCUCCCUGGUUUGGUCACUCCAGCUGCCAUCAAUCAUGAAGACUACCCCGCUGAUGAAGGGGACCAGACCUCCAGUAAUGACAAUCUGAUCUUUGAUGAUUACCGGGGGAAGGGCUGUGUGGAUGACAGUGGCUUUGUGUACAAACUGGGAGAACGUUUUUUCCCAGGACAUUCCAACUGUCCCUGUGUCUGUACUGAGGAUGGACCUGUUUGUGAUCAACCAGAAUGCCCUAAAAUCCACCCAAAGUGCACAAAAGUGGAACACAAUGGAUGCUGUCCAGAAUGCAAAGAAGUGAAAAACUUUUGUGAAUAUCAUGGGAAAAAUUACAAAAUCUUGGAGGAAUUUAAGCCCUCGCCAUGCGAAUGGUGUCGCUGCGAGCCCAGCAAUGAAGUUCACUGUGUUGUAGCAGACUGCGCAGUCCCCGAGUGUGUCAACCCAGUCUAUGAACCAGAGCAGUGUUGUCCUGUCUGCAAAAAUGGUCCCAACUGCUUUGCGGGCACCACGAUAAUCCCCGCGGGCAUCGAGGUGAAGGUGGACGACUGCAACAUAUGCCACUGCCACAACGGGGACUGGUGGAAGCCGGCACAGUGCUCCAAGCGCGAGUGCCAGGGCAAGCAGGCUCUGUAGCAGCGCCCCCGGCCAACAACCCGCUCAUGGUGACGGUGAUGAUGGUGAUGAUGGUGAUGAUGGUGAUGAAGGAACGGCUUCGACCUCCCGCCGGCUGCAGCAGGGUCAGCAGCAAGCCCUGCGAGGGUGCCACACGAGCAGAGAUCGGUAGCUGCGGGGAAGGAAGGGUCUCCCCGUGCCCCCUGCUUCCCGGCCCGGUGAUGCCUCCGAGGUGCCAAUCCAUUCACUGCUCUCACUUUCUACAGUGUGGAUCAUGGGGUUUUUCACAUUUAUUUAUUUGAAGGUUUUUUGCUAUUGUGAUGAUUUUUUUUUAAGUCUCUUCCUAAGCUGGGAUCGUCGGGACAAUACAGCUGUGAGUGGAGCAAUAGAUGGAGCAUUUUUAUUGUCUGUAAGCGCAGGUGGCACUAAGGACGGGAGAGAGGCAGAAAUUAAAAGGGAUUUGGGGGGGGGGUGGGGGGUGGUAAAAAAAAACCCAACUGGAAUGUAACCUGCAGCAGGACUGAGGUAGAUGCACAGGUAUAGACCGGACAGCCAAGACACGAAGCUGUAUCUGUGUUACACUUUCUCCACUGAGUGGGGACAAUAAAAUCGAAGACACCUACACAGUCACCGUGCCCUUGAUGGGAGCAGAGCCCACAGCAGCUGCAUGGGUGCUCCACGAAAGCAACAUCUUCCCUGGCUUGUCUGGGUGGGAUUCCUGGCUGGAGCAUCAGUGGGGGAGCAGAGGGAAGAGGAUCCCACUUGUUCCUGGUUCCUGGGCUGAGCAUGUGCUCACCUGCCUUGUCCCAUCCUGAGGCUGCUCUCGCUGGAGCCCAGGGCAGUGUUUCAUUGCCUUCAGCGACAGCAGGUCACAAUUACCAUAUGGGAUCACCCCACUCUGGAGGUUUCCAGGAAUGUCCCACAGCUGUGACAGCACUAAACUGGCAGGUAAGACCCUUUGCUACAGUGGGAGGGAGCUGCCCUGGCUCUCCUUGGGAGCAUCCAGAGUGCCAUGGAUAAAGCAAGCCAUGGUGCAGCAGGGCUGGGCUGGGCUCCUGGGAAGGUUCCCUGGGGAAAGCAGCUGCUUUCUGUUCCUGCCUGCCAGGAGCAGAGGUCCCCAGCAGCCAGGGGUCCCCGUCGGGCUCUCCAGCACUGGCACCUUCUGCUUUCUCAGGCUGCAGAGAAAAGCCACCAAUGUCAUCUCCCUGCCCUGAGGCCUGCCCAGCUGAGCACAGGAGCCUUUCCCAUCACUGUCCACGCCUGGUUCCCUUUUUGGUCAGUGCCAUGGGGGUGGUGGUGCUUGCUUUGUUCAGAGUUCAGACUCCAGUCCAGCACCUGCUCUCGACAGUGACGGCAGCAAAUCCUCCCCACAGCAUCCUCACCGAAGCAGAUCAGCACAUCAGGCUCCGUUUAUACACACUUUUGCCUUUAUACUUUUAUUUCUUCCCCGUUUUGGUGUUUUCCUGGAGGGCAGGGGUGGGAGGAGCACUUAGCACAGCAACUGCUGUCCUGUGGCUGAGCGCUGGCUCCCUGCAGGCCGAGCUGGUACCAUUUGAGACGUCGAUGCCACAUUUCCUUGUAAGCUGUUGCCUGUCAAUGACUAUCCAGUUUCAAAACUUUCAAACAAUA